AUGAAACCUGCAAUUUCAAGAGGGAUGUUUUGCUUGUCCCUCAUCCUCUUGCUUUUCUCCUGCCUUGCUGUUUCCACGGCAACCAUCACCACGGAGAGACGCGCCGUGGACGGCAACGAUGCGAUGACUCUGACCGGCGGCGGUGGCUCGGCCGCAGCCGGAGCCAAAGCAAGCAGCACCUUGUUCCUCCUGACCGGCUACAAGCCGCGGCUGCCACCGCCGCCCGCCGGGCCCAAAGUGGCGCCUAAAGCGGCCGAGGUGGAGGAUGGAGAUGACCCGCCGGUGGUGGCAGAGCUCCCUCCGAAGCCCCUCCCUCAGACCAUGUUGCCGAGGAACAUGACGGCAGAAGCCCUGAAGCCCCCCCUCGGUGCGGCCCAGGUGGCUCCACCUCCCAGACAGCUGGUGGAUGUGGACGUGUGCAGGGGUUAUUACGACGUCAUGGGGCACUUUGACAGCACCUUCAACUGCUCCAAAGGCAGCUACAUCUACUGCUGCGGCACCUGCCACUACCGCUUCUGCUGCGAGCACCAGAGGAACCGUCUGGACCAGGACUCCUGCAACAACUACAUCUCCCCCGUCUGGGCCGACCCACAGGUCACUGUCACCGUGCCGACGGGGAACAAGCCUGACCCAGAUUUCGAGACGCUCCAGCAGCAGAACAGCAGCACGGCCUAUGUGAUCGGAGGGGUGAUCUCCUUCACGCUGGUGGUGGCUGUGGGUGUGAGGAUCGCCUUCAGCAAGGUGGCACGCCGACCCAGAAACAGGGACAUCAACAUGCCCAGGUCGCUGGUGGAUAUCUUGCGUCACCAGUCGAGCCCCGUGCAGCAGGGAGAGAGGAACAACACCACCGGGAUGAACAGCAACACGUCAGACGGUCGGACAUCCAAGAACCUCUACACCCCCAUCCUGCAGAGCAAAGACAACCGCACUGGAAACAUGCAUCACCAUUUUAACCAGCAGGGGUCUGCAUCCAGCCCCAAACACUCUGCUACCAUCGAGCGCGGUGCCCGUAUGAACAACACCACCCAGCUCUCCUCUGGGGCCUCGCUGCUGUCAGGUAGCGGUAAAGGCCCCGGCGGCGUGGUCGGCGUCGGCAGCAUCAUCGGAGGAGGCAUGAGACACAACAGCAGCCACGGUUCCUUCUCACACUCCUUCCACAACCUGGCUCAGCUGCCUCCGUCCUACGAGACCAGCAUGAAACCUGAGAUCAGCCGCUACAGCUCCCUGAAGAGGCUGGAGAAAGAACUGGACGAGUACUCCGGCUACUACUCCUCCAAACGUCGCUCCAACAACGCUCCCCCGUCCUUCCACUCGUCGCAGCACCACCUGCCGUGGGGAGGCGACUACACGCUGGGCUCCAGAGGCACGCUUCCCCUCCACGGAUCCCGUCCCCGUCUCCACAUCCCGGCCUCCACUCCCAACCCGUACCCGCUUCCCGCCCAGACGCAGUACACCAGUUCCGCCUUCGACAGGCCGCCGCGCCGCGUCCGCUCCCAGGACCAGCUGAUGGCGCUCGGAGAGGGAAACACUUUGUCCCGCCUGUCCAAGAACCAGCAACACCAGUACUACAAAGCCAUGAUGAGCACCAGCAGGAGCUCCACCUCACAGACGCUCCGCAGGUCCCAUGAGAGGCUCCUGGUUUCCCCCGAUCGUCUGGAGGAGCGGCUGAUGACGGUGGGCAUGAUGGUCGGAGGAGUCGACAGAGGGCCGGGCAGCGGGAUGGUGCCGACGAUGGGUCGACUCAGCCACCACCAGAAGGCCCAGUCGCAGCAGAACAUCUGCGUCACGCCCUCACAUGGAGCCACCCACAUGAUAAAGAUGAACUCCCACCCGUCGUCAGGCCACGAGCACGAACGCAGCUCGGCCGCCAUGCCUGGGAUGGGCAUGCACGGUGGCUGGGAACCCCACGGGGGCCACGGGGGAGGUGGAGGUGGAAUGGUCGGAGGUCACCCCAACGCUCGACGGAUGGCGUUCGCAAGCAAGAGGCAGAACACCAUCGAACAGCUCCACUUCAUCCCCGGAGGAGGAGGAGGAGGAGGGGGAGGAGGGCAGGGACUGCGGACUGGCAGUAAGAACGAAGUGGACAGUGUGAAGGAAGAGCGAGGUUGUAAAAAGAAGCCCGAAGAGGCAGACGGGAACGAGAGACGAGAGAUGAGAGGAGGAAAGGGAAGUGGUGAAGCAUUUUAG